AUGUUCAAUCCGCUGCAAAAAAUCGAGCCCACGGACGUUACGUUCGGCUGGGUCGAAGAGAAUUUAAAUGGCAAGGAUCAGCGAUGGGACAAUCUUCGUUUAAGCUAUGGUAUCUUCAAUUCCGAGGCUCGAACGAUCAGCGGCAGCGGAUUCCUUUCGUAUAUCAUACGAAUCGUCUUUAGUUUCAAUGACACAGAAGAAAAAUUCAGCGUGAUUCUUAAGGUUCCAACCUCGGAUAUUAUCCAGGAUCUGCUCGGCAAACCAAAGCAGGUAUGUUUGUUAUUGGAGUUUCUACACGACAAGAUUUGCAGGAUGGUGGCGUUAAUGAGCACAUGACGAAAUCGCACAAUAGAGAAAUCCUUUUUUACCAACAAAUUGCCAUCAAAUGUGAUGUAGUUUACUUCCCAAAAAUGUAUGGCUACGUAGAAUGUAGCGAAGGGAACGCUUCGUAUGGAAGAAUCCUCGUGGAAGACGUCGGUGAUCGGGGAGUUUUACCCGAUGUUCUAACCGGCUUGAACUUUGCUCAGGUAACAGACAUACAUUACAUGUUUUUUCAACAUAUCUUUACUUUUAUUUGCUCUAUUCACAUCGACUGUUUAGUGUGCCGAAGUCCUCCGGGUCCUUGCAAGAUUCCACGCAUUCAGCUUAUUAAACUUGGACGAUGAGGUCCUGGAGAAGAUCCGCGACCGCCCACCAAACGAGCACCAUCCGGAAGGUCCCCCGUACAUGCCGAUUUGCGAGUUAGACCCUUUUUUCAAGGAAAACGAAGAGCUUCUAAGAACUGUUAUGAGACAUCCUCCUGGAUUCGACUCGGCCAAAACGUUUGGUGUUAAGGAGUUUAUAACGCAUGGCGACUUCUGGGCCAACAAUCUGUUCUUUGAAAGGAACGGAAACGGUGAAGCUGGUGAAAAGGUGUUCACCAUCUUCGAUUGGCAAAUGUUGCGACCCGGAACCGGCCUCUCGGACGUAGCAAGGUUCUUAGCUGUCUCAACUACUGAGGAGGUGCUUGAAAAAGAUGUUGAGCAGCUUUUGAAGGUUUAUUACUCUGCAAUGCAAGAGGAAUUGAGCUCUAAAGGUGUGAGUAUGCCGUAUGAUUACGAGAAGGUGAGCGUGGAGGAUAAACACAUUCAAUUUUACUAUAAGAAUUGAUCUUCUUACUAUUGCGAGCACACUUUCAGAUGAAACAACUUUUUCGGCAUGAGUUUCCUGCCGAGUUUUCGUUUGCCACUAUGAUCUUACCGAUGCUGUUGCAGCAGGCACCGGAUGAAACCAAGAAGAACGCCGUCAUUCGCAGGCUUAAACUGGCUUUUAAUUUUACCAAAGAAUGCCUAAAUAUUAAAUAA